GAUAGUAAAUGUAAAUUAAAAUUGACAAACAGAUCCAAUCAGAAGCAUUGAACUUUGAACAAGUCAAAGAACUUGAAAAAAUCAUCAACUGCAAACGACAUUUCGAUCUUUGAUGUACCAAUCUCCUGUGCGAGCCAGUGUUUGAUAACACAAUACGAUGUCGUUUUCCGUGCCUGUACCUUCAGCUGGACCAAGCGCUCCGCCUCUGUCGAACCCUGUGGUUGUGGUCAGCUCACAGUUCCUAGCACCGUACCCCGUGGAUCUAGUCAUUAGCGAGAAGCUCAUGACCCUUAAGGAGGGUUCCUUCGCCGUCUCUGAUGUUAAUGGCGACAUCAUGUUCAGCGUUAAGGGUUCCGUUUUCAGCCUCCAUGAUAAACGCGUAUUAGUUGACAGCGCCGGUACUCCUAUUGUCACAUUUCGACAGAAGAUACUGACGACUCAUAGGAGAUGGCAAGUAUACAAAGGAGAUAGCAAAGAUCUACUUUUCAGUGCCAAAAAGUCGGGGGUUGUUCAAUUGAAGACUGAAUUAGAUGUGUUCUUGGCUUCUAACACAAAAGAAGACACCCAUGAUUUCAAGGUCAAAGGAAGUUUUAAGGAAAGAUCAUGCACUGUAUACACCAGAGAGAACACUAUCAUUGCACAAAUGCAUAAGCAACUCGGCCUUAAAAGCAAAGUUUUAGGGCAAGAUUCGUUUUCAGUGACGGUGUACCCUCAGGUGGAUUUCGGAUUUAUAGUUGCUGUGGUGGUGGUUCUUCAUGAGAUUAAUCAAGAUCGAAAAGGGGAAGACUAGUGAAGCUGGUAAUAGAUUUUGUGUUUAUUUUGUUACUUAAAACUGAAUUCAUAAUAACCUCCUCCAAGUAUAUAAGUGGGAGAGACUCCACCAUUAUGUUAUUUAUAUUUUUAGUGUUUUGUUUGUAUAAGUUGUUCGAUACGUACUGAUGUGACAACGUCAAUAUGUCCGAUUCUAUACAUAGCUCGGGAUCGAGGCAUGACAUAAAAAGAUAGCAGUAGAAUCUCUUUUUAAUUACGUAGUUAAUGAGUUGAUUAAAAGUAAAAUAGCCAAUUGUGUGCUUGUGCUGAUUAAUAAGAGUUCAAGUGAUGCUGCAUGUGUUACAAAUUUGACAGACUUGUUAAUGGUGCUUUAAAGUCUUGUGGUUGUGGCAUUCUCCAGUACGUAAUUGGGGGCUGAUUGU